GUAAUGCUGCUGCCUCUUCAAUGCUUUUUUGCGCUACCUAUUAUACCGAAGCACCCACCAUCGCUGCCAGGCAACUACGCGCACCAAGCUGGCCAUCGCAUAAACGAUGCUCCAGAAAUCUCGAUAACUACCCCCAAUGGACUCGUCAAACAAACAAUACAGCUACGAUGAGAUGUCCAACAAGGUCAUACGAUCCGAUAGAAGGGGUCGUGAGGAGGUGAACACUAAUCCAUCCUCCCUUGUUGGCCAGAUCUCUGUGAAAGAUAUGGGUACUCGAGUGGCCAGAGACUCUCCAAAAGAUCAAACUGAAAUUGCACAAGCAUCCAAGACCAAAAGGGCCAAUGCUGUGUCUUUCAACAACUACUCGUACUCAAGUACCUAUGAGAACAUCUCGUACCAUCCCACGAAUGAAGACACUGCCCAUUUCUUCGACUUGAUCAUGACCCAAGUUCGCCACUUUUUACCAGACACCAGCCACGAAGUGAUAUUAUCGGCUGCUGAUACAAUAUUGGAGAUUAUCAAGGGUGACGGCGGGGUGCUGGAGAAAAAGACUGAAGUCUCGGACAUAUUGGAUGCCAAGGUGUCAGACGUCCAGUUGAAUGAUUUGAUUAAUUUAGCCAACAGAAUAACAGACUAUGCGGUGGAAGAAAUCGAAGAAGAAGAUGGCGAUGAAGGCGUUGCUGUAGUCUUUGACGAAAGUGAAGCAGAGGAUAUCCCGGAAGAGGAUGACGAAGACGACCAAGACGAGCCACAAGAAGAAGAGGACGCAGAAGACGCUCCUCGGACCGAGACAGUGCUCCAGUCUACCACCACAACAAAGAAAUCAAGCACUAUACUUCCACUUCAUGAAAUAGAUCUCUUUUAUCUCCAAAGAAAACUCACCUCAAUAUUUGAGAACGAAGACCCAGCAAAAAUCCAAUCCAUUCACAACGAGCUUAGCACUAUUCUUGGAAAUCGAGAAUUCACAUCUAGAGAUGUAGAGAAUGAGCUAAUGGAAUUAAUGGAUUAUGAUCACUUUGACUUUGUCAAACUAUGCACUGAGAAUAGAUGGAGAAUACAUUUCAAGAUUAUGUGGUUGAAAGUUAUGAACGAUGAAAAGGCGAAGGAGAAAAUUAUACUAGACUUAGAAGGGAUGGACCAACAAUCUUUGGCUUCCGAGCUUAGCACUGGUAUCGCUACGGGCCAAGAGAAAAAGAGAAAGCUAUCUGAUUCACUGGAACCUAAAGAGAAAAAGACCAAACCAUCAAUAAGAACUCCAAAGAUCGUGGAUCUCGAAGCAAUAACCUUUGAUCAAGGUUCCCACUUAAUGGCUACCCGGAAUGUCAAACUCCCGGAAGGCUCAUAUCAACAAACCAAGAAGUCAUACGAUACGAUCCGUAUUCCACCACCCGUAUCACCACCGAUCGGGGAAGGAGAAUCAUUGGUUCCUAUCACUGACCUUCCUGAAUGGGCAAGACAGGUAUUUCCAUCUUCAGAAACCUCGUCAUUGAAUCGUAUUCAAUCCAAGGUUUAUCCAUUAGCAUUUGGCUCGGACGAGAACUUACUUCUUUGUGCUCCAACUGGUGCUGGUAAGACUAAUGUUGCAAUGUUGACUGUUCUUCGUGCUAUUGAAAACUACAGAGACCCAAUUUCUGGCAAAAUCAAUUUGAACCAGUUUAAAAUCGUUUACAUCGCCCCAUUGAAAGCAUUGGUUCAGGAACAAAUGAGAGAAUUCGAAAGAAGGUUGACUCCUACGUUUGGAAUAGUGGUAAACGAAUUGACUGGUGACUCUAGUCUUAGCAAGCAGCAAAUCGAUGAAACACAAAUAUUGGUUACCACUCCGGAAAAGUGGGAUAUCAUAACUCGAAAAUCUGCUGAUUUAUCAUCCACAACUGCAUUAACUAAGCUAAUUAUUAUUGAUGAAAUCCAUUUAUUGCAUGAUGAAAGAGGCCCAGUCUUGGAGAGUAUUGUGAGUAGAACUCACAGAUACCAAGAAACCACAGGUGAAGCAAUAAGAUUGGUAGGACUUUCAGCAACAUUGCCCAACUAUCAGGAUGUUGCUCAAUUCCUCAGGGUAAAGAAAGGUCUCUUCUACUUUGACUCGUCGUACAGACCAUGUCCUUUAGCUCAGCAAUUCAUUGGAAUCAAAGAGAAGAAGGCGAUUAAGAAAUUAAAUGCCAUGAAUGAAGCCUGUCACGAAAAGCUCAUUGAGUGCAUGAAAAAUAAUCACCAGUUGAUUAUCUUCGUACAUUCCAGAAAGGACACCUUUAAAACUGCCAACUGGCUUAAAGAAAAAUUGGAAUCCAGCAGUGAGUCCGAAUUGGUGUUGAAACCAGGAUCAGGCUCGGCUGAGAUUUUGAAACAAGAAGCUGAAGCUAUGAAAAACCGAAAUCUAAGGGACAUUAUACCUUCAGGGUUUGGUAUCCACCAUGCAGGUUUGGAUAAAGAAGAAAGAAGUGUUGUUGAAGAUCUAUUUGCACAAGGGCAUAUUAAAGUCUUGGUCUCCACCGCCACUUUGGCUUGGGGUGUGAACUUGCCUGCUCAUACUGUUGUAAUUAAGGGAACUGAAACUUAUUCGCCAGAGAAAGGUUCGUGGGUGCAGUUGUCUCCUCAGGAUAUUCUCCAAAUGUUAGGAAGAGCUGGUAGACCUCGAUACGAUAAAAGUGGUGAAGGUAUAAUCAUCACGUCUCAUGACGAGUUGCAGUACUACCUUGCUAUUCUAAACCAACAAUUGCCUAUCGAAUCUCAAUUUGUUAGCAAAUUGGUAGAUAACUUGAACGCAGAAGUUGUCUUGGGUACUGUCAGAUCGCUUAAAGAUGCCACUGAGUGGUUGGGGUACACGUAUCUUUAUAUCCGAAUGCUCAAAUCCCCCGCCUUAUACCAUGUGGGUGCAGAAUACGAUGGUGACAAGACAUUGGAGCUCAAGAGAACAGAUUUGGUACACACUGCUUUAACUAUUCUCGAUAAGAAUAAGCUAGUUGAUUACAAUAAGGACUCUGGCGAGGUAAGGUCUACCGAGUUAGGUAAGAUCGCUUCCCACUACUAUAUCAAUUAUCCCACUAUGAACAUGUAUAACUCCAAAUUAAAACCAUGGUUGACCGAGAUCGAAAUUCUCAAGAUUUUUGCAUCAUCUGGUGAGUUUAAGUUCAUUCCCGUUAGACAAGAGGAAAAGCUUGAGGUAUCAAAAUUACUCGAGAGAUGCCCAAUUCCAAUCAAGGAAAGUCCAAACGACCCACUUGCCAAGGUUAAUGUUCUCCUUCAGUCUUACAUAUCGAAACUAUCCCUUGAAGGGUUUGCUUUGAUGGCAGAUAUGAUUUACAUAACUCAGUCAGCUGGAAGAUUGCUUAGAGGGAUCUUUGAAAUUGUGUUUAAGAAAGGCUGGUCUGCUCUUGCCAAAACUACUUUAAACUUGUGCAAAAUGGUGGAAAAGAGGUUAUGGUUGAGCUCCUCACCCUUCAGACAAUUUGGUGAUAUGUGUCCAAGAGAGAUUGUUCGAGUUACCGAAAGUUCUCAUUUACCUUUUGUCAGUUAUUUUAACUUGAAUGCCUUGGAAUUAUCAGAAGCAUUGAAUUUAAAGGGUAGCAGCCAAGUGGCAUAUGAUUUGAUCCAGCAAUUCCCCAAACUUGAGUUGAACUACUAUUCCCAACCCAUUACCUCGACUACCUUGAGAGUGCAAGUUGAGAUUGUUCCGACUUGGAACUGGUCAAAGAUUCAUGGCAAUUCGCAGUCUUUCUAUGUGAUUGUAGAAGAUUGUGAUGGGGACAAGAUUUUGUACAAUGACCAUAUCCAAAUCAAGAAGGAGUAUGCCAAGAAAGAACACUUUUUGGAUUUUUCAAUUGACAUGUUGGAUCCCCAACAGCCCAAUUAUUUCAUUACAUUUAUUAGUGACAGAUGGCUACAUAGCGAAUGGAAAAUUCCAUUGCAACUUACCAACUUGAAGUUUCCAAAGAAGGUAUCGCAUACGGAAGUUUUGGAUUUGCAAAACGUUCCUACCACAUCAUUGCCCGAUGAAUUCAAGGAUGUUUUCCAGUUUAACUAUUUCAACAAAUUUCAAUCCCAAGCCUUCGCCAGUCUAUUUAAUUCUAACGAGAAUGUCUUGAUAGGUUUGGCAAAGGGAGGGGGCAAAACUGUUUGUGCCGAGUUGGCCAUAUUGAACCACUGGAACCAAAACAAAGGAAGAGUGGUAUACAUUAACCCUGUACAAGAAAAGGUGGAUAGAUUGACCAAAGUUUGGACUAAAAAGUUUAACAAUUUUGAGAAAGAGGUGCAGAAGCUUACAGGAGAUGUCACCAAGGAUUUGGCCAUUUUGAAUUCUAGCCAUUUGGUUCUCGCUACACCUCAACAAUACCAUCAGAUCACCAAGAGAUGGCGACAAAGAAAGGUCGUUAAGGCAGUUGAGUUACUUGUUUGUGAUGAUUUGCAUAUGUUGAGUAAUCCCUCCUAUGCCAACUAUGAGGUGAGUAUUUCUCGUAUGAGAUUGAUCUCUUCUCAGUUCGGAACCGAUUUGCGUAUUGUGGCCCUAUCUUCUCCACUAUUCAACAGCAGAGAUAUUGGAGAAUGGUUAGGCUGCUCCAAACAUAACAUAUUCAACUUCGAUCCUUCGAACAGAUUCAACUAUAUUGAUGAAAUCAGAUUAUUAUCUUCUGAUAACCAGCAAACGUUCAUGAAUUGGGGGCUUAGAAAUUGUUGGGACUUGAUAAAUCUGGCCGCAAGCUCAUCCAUUACCAGAACGUUAAUUUUCCUCUCAACUAGAAAGCAAUGCAUAGAUGUUGGCUCCAAGUUACUUCAACUUGCCAGUGGAAGUGCAUCGUUUUUGAAAGUGGAUGUUGAAGAUUUACAGCCAUAUCUCGACCGCAUAAGUGAUCCAAUACUUUCUGAGUUCUUGAACAGUGGUAUUGCAAUUUAUCAUCCAGGAAUGAACUCGACCGACAAGUUGAUUGUGGAAAAACUCUUUGAGAAUGAUCUUAUUUCCAUUUUAUUAUCAAGUAAAGAAACUUGUUUCUAUUCUCCGUCUGCACCACGAGUAAUUAUCUUUGGAACAGAAGAAUAUGAGGGCAAAGAGCAUAGGCUUGUUGAUUACACAGUGAAUGAAGUGAUAGAAAUGAUCGGUUGUUGUGUCGAUCCCAUUUCCAAUAAGGGGAAGGUGACUUUGUUGACUAACCAAAACAAAUUGAAAUUCUUUCAAGAAUUUUUGGGCCAAGGCUUGCCGGUGGAAAGCUACUUGAACGCCUCUCUCCACGAUCAAUUUAUCGAUGAGAUUAGUGCAAAGAACUUGAAAUCUAACCAGGAUUGUAUUGAUUGGAUAACAUACACUUAUUUCUACAGAAGAAUAAGAAACAAUCCUAACUUCUACGAUGUUAAGGAUACUUCAGGCUUGGGGAUUUCGGAAUACCUUUCCGAAUUAAUUGAGAAUACAAUGAAGGAUUUGAGUGAAGCAGAAUUAGUGGAUAUAGAGGAAGAUGAGGACGAGGAAGAGACCUUCUCCCCUACCAACGGAAGUCUUAUUUCUUCUCAUUAUAAUGUCCCUUAUGCCAGUAUGAACUCUCUUAAUAAGUUGAACAACAGGACCAAGAUUGGUGAACUUAUCGAAACGUUGUGUUCGUCGUCUGAGUUUGAAGUGCUUAAGAUCCGGGAUAACGAACCACUAUUGCUUAACAAGAUCUACAACAAAUUGCCAAUCAAGUAUUCUAAUCCAAAGUUUGAAAGUCCGUACGUGAAAGCUUUCAUACUCCUUCAAGCGCAUAUGUUAAGAAUACCAUUGUCUUUUGAGCUUCUGCAGGACAAGAAGAUUGUGAUAAAGACCUGUUUGAAUCUUAUUGCCGCUUGUGUGGAUACAUUGUCCAGUCAAGGUUAUCUCAGCUCUAUCCAAGUGAUUGACUUGUCUCAAAUGAUAGUUCAAGCAGUAUGGUUCAAGGACAGCCCCUUGAAGCAGAUCCCAAAUUUUGAUCAAGCUAUUUUACAAAGAUGUAAGGAGCAGUCUAUUGAUACCGUUUAUGACAUUAUGUCGUUGGAGGACGAAGAUCGUGACAAGGUGUUGCAAUUAAAGGAUGACAAGUUGUACCAAGUUGCUGAAUUUGUUAACAAGUAUCCCAACAUUGAUAUACACUACACUUUAGACUUGGAUGAACCAAUCGUGGCUGGAGAACCAAAGGAGAUUACCAUUGUGUUAGAGAGGGAUGAAGAAUUGGAAGAUUUGAAUGUGGUCGCCAAACAUUACCCAUUUACCAAAGAAGAAAACUGGUGGGUUAUCAUUGGUGAUUCAUCGACUAAGCAGCUCUAUUCUAUCAAGAAGACUGUUAUCAAGGACGAGACUCAGGAAUUGAAAAUGUCGUUUACUAUACCUAACGAAGGAGAGUUUAAGUUGGGUAUUUGGUGUAUGUGCGAUUCAUAUAUUGACGCUGAUAAGGAAGUGGAGUUGAACGUGAAAGUAAGUCAAUAAAAGAGUCGUGUUCUAAGCAUGUAAUAUACUGUAUAAUUAAUGCAUUUGUACUAUUUGAAGCGCCG